AUGGCGGACCUUAGCUCCACCUUCAACGAGCUCCUCAAAGGCCACGAUGCACCUCCCACGAAACCCUUUACCACUGAUACCGCCGACGAGUUCCUGAAGGAGGCUUACAGAAUCACCUCUCUUGUCGCCCAAUUACACUCCGAGCUUCGCAAUCUCCGUCAAGCCUACCUCUCGACUGCUGCUCCGCGCAAGACGCACCUUCACACCUCCGCUCGAAACGGCUCUUCUCAACCAGUCUACCUUACCGAUCGUGACCGCGAAGAGAUUGAUGCCAAUGCCAAAGCGACGCUGCGCGACCUCAAUGCCCGCAUUCGAGCUCUCGAGGACGCCGAACAACUGCGCCAGAGCACCGAGACCGCCCUGAUCCAGAAGAAAUAUGCCCGCGGCCUGGGCGCAUUGGGGUCCUGGGCUGCUGGCGGUGGCCCUCUGGAAAAUUCAAAGAGCAAAGAACAUGCUGCUACCGAGGCCGUUGCACGUCAGCUGGGCGCACAUCGCGAGAGUGUUAUCUGGUACCUGAGGCAGCGCCUGCAGGAGACAGCAAGGACGCAGCAGGCCAUGAUGGAGACCAGGUUAACACGGGAGAUGGAAAAGAACAGGAGCGUCUUGGCCAAGGCGAGGAGCAUUGCUGGAAACGACUUUGGCUCACGGAGGCGAUCCGGAAGCGUGGCUCAGGGGAAUAAUGCGUCUCAUCUGCCGGUUGAUGAAUACGAGAGGAAAUCGUCGUUGCCUACAGAAGACCUGACGGACGAACAAAUACAAAUGUUUGAGAAGGGGAAUCAGGACAUGGUGAAGCACUUCGAAAGCACAUUGGACAAAGUCAGGGCCGCCGAACAAUCACUACUCGAGAUCUCAGAGCUGCAAAACAUGCUGGUCAGCAAUCUCACGACACAGUCGGUGCAUAUUGACCAGCUUGUUUCCGAAUCUUUCGAAACCACAGAGGGCGUCGACAAGGGUAACAAGGAGCUUAAGAAGAGCACUAACAGGGCCAGUCCAGCUCGAUACACCUUCUUUGCUGCUACUGGACUCUGCGCCUUCCUUGUUAUAUGGGAUCUGAUUAUUUAA